AUGUCCAAAGCUAAACUAGAUAUUUGUACAAAAUCGAAUAUAAACCAAGCUCGUCAUGACAAACCAUCAUCACAGAAGAGAUAUAAAAAAUAUUUUCCUACAAAUCAGAGUAUGUCAUUAUUAACAAAUGUAUUUCCAAUGAAAAACCAAUUGAAAAAUAAGAAAAAAUUAAUGAGAAAUAAUUUAUCAUUACGUUCAAAACAACAACGGUCAGUAUCGUUUAGUAUAAAAAAAUUUCGUACAACUCGUGCUACAAUUCAAUCUCGUCUUCAACGUAAAAUACGAAAAAAUAAAACAAUAAAUAGAAAAUAUUCAUUACAAUCAGCAAUAACACAUAAUCGAAAUGCAUCACAUGUAAAAAGAAAUUCAAUAUUAGGUACAACGACCCGAUUGUCCAUUAAAAAAACACGAACAAAAGGUAUCAGUAAUAAUACAUCUCUUGCUCAAAUAAAUAGUAAUACAGCGUUUCAUUAUAAACAACAACAAUCAACAUGUGAAAAUCUAACACCACUUAUUUAUAUUCAAAAACAGCAAAAUGUCACAAAUAUCACAAAUCGAGCUUUAUUGCAAGAUUUAAAUCGAUUAGACAGAUAUUGGGAUGAAAAUUCAGAUCAGAUAGUAAAGGUUAUAGAUCGAGUAGAACAAAAGAGUAAGAACGAAGAGUUUAGUCUAUUUCAUGAAAGUUUUUUUUUCAGCCAGAUUUCAGUUUCACAACCAGCCAUUGAAGCCGAUUGA